CAUUAUUCUGUAUAAUAAUCAGCCGGUUCUGCAGGGAUGACGGAUCUUUCACAGUCAGCAAUGUCCCGUCUGGAUCAUAUGUUCUGGAAAUCUCCUCACCGACCUACAGAUUCCUGCCGGUGCGAGUGGACAUCACCUCCGCAGGGAAGAUGAGGGCUCGUGUGGUGAACUACAUCCAGACGUCAGAGGUGAUCCUGCUGCCGUACCCGCUGCAGAUGCGGAGUGUUGGUCUGCACCGAUUCUUCACGGAGCGCGAGAGCUGGGGAUGGACAGACUUCAUCCUCAACCCCAUGGUGCUCAUGAUGGUUCUUCCUCUCCUCGUCAUCCUCCUCCUCCCGAGAGUCUUCAACCCCAGCGAUCCAGAGAUGAGACGGGUAUGUUUAUUUAUUAACUGUUAAUCAAUAUCUGUUCAUUCA